UUCUAAAAGUCUUGCAUCAUCCCCAUGACCUCCUUCACUUUUCUUUUGUGUGAACUGUUAGGGGAAGUUGUUGUCUCUUUUUCCCCUCUUCCUUUAAGCUCUUUUCUGUUCUGCUUCUUUAAGUGCUCAGGGGAAGAAGCCAUUCAAACAAACUGCCUGUUCUCUCCUGGCUUAUUUAUAGUGUAAGUAAACAGCAGUGUUUGUCUCUAGUUUCUCCAAUGGUACUGGGACUAGUAAAUGAUCGGUUAUAAGAACAUGUCUAAUGUGACAGACAUGGAUUUGGACCUGGGAGGGAUAUUUCUAGAGAAUAGCACCUAUAACUACGAUGGGGACUAUGUUUAUAAAGAGGACUGCUCCCCUGAAGAUGGCAUUGGGGUGCAUUUUGGCACAGUGUUCCUCCCAAUGCUCUACUCCCUAACGCUGGUCCUGGGGCUAGUGGGUAACGUGUUGGUCCUGGUGGUUCUGGUCCAGAGGAGGCGGAACUGGAGCGUGACUGACACCAUCAUCCUGCACCUGGGCAUGGCUGACACCCUGCUGCUGGUCACGCUGCCCCUUUGGGCUGUUCAGGCCACUGGGAAAUGGAGUUUCGGGACCCCCCUCUGCAAGAUCACUGGAGCCAUGUUCACAAUCAACUUUUACUGUAGCAUCUUCCUGCUGGCCUGCAUCAGUCUGGACCGCUACCUGUCCGUGGUCCACGCGGUCCAGAUGUACUCUCGCAGGAAGCCCUGGAUGGGGCAGGCCAGCUGCCUGUCCGUGUGGCUCCUCUCCUUCCUCCUCUCCAUCCCUGACUGGCAUUUCCUGGAGUCUGUGAGGGACACCAGACGAGACAAAGUGGAGUGUGUUCACAACUACCCGUCCCUCUCCCAGUCUUGGUUUGACUGGCGCCUGGCGUCCCGCCUGCUCUACCACACGGUGGGCUUCCUUCUCCCCUCUGCAGUGCUACUCUUCUGCUACUCCUGCAUCCUGCUGCAGCUGCAGCGCGGCUCCCAGGGUCUCCAGAAGCAGAGGGCCGUCCGGGUCAUCUUGGUGUUGGUGCUGGUCUUCUUCCUCUGCUGGACUCCCUACAACAUCACCCUCAUGGUGGACACUUUUCAGGGGAGGCCUGGGGAGCCUGUUUCUGGGUCCUGUGAGAACGGGAGGACAGCUGUGGAGAACAGUCUGGUGGUUACGUUCGCUCUAGCCUGCCUGCACGCUUGCCUCAACCCAGUGCUCCAUCUCGGAAUGUGUAGAAACUUCCGGCAACGCGUGCUGGAUAUGGUGAGGUGUGUUGAGGGGGUGCAGCACGAUCUGAAACGCUCACUGUGGGAUUCAGGUGUGGUUGAGGACUCACCUGACCAAGCAGAGGAGAAGGGGACGUUGAACCCAAUGACAACCAUGGGACAGGUAUAGUCCACCCAGAGCUGAUGGGUAGGAAGAGGAUCCUAAUGACUAAUAUAGUAUGUCUUCCUGCCUUGAGGGGAAGUUGUAUGGGUCAUGGGUCUGGGGACUGUUGGAUGACCGUAACCUGGGUCAUGGGUCUGGGGACUAGUGGAUGACCGUAACCUGGGUCAUGGGUCUGGGGACUGUUGGAUGACCGUAACCUGGGUCAUGGGUCUGGGGACUGGUGGAUGACCGUAACCUGGGUCAUGGGUCUGGGGACUGGUGGAUGACCGUAACCUGGGUCAUGGGUCUGGGGACUGGUGGAUGACCGUAACCUGGGUCAUGGGUCUGGGAACUGGUGGAUGACCGUAACCUGGGUCAUGGGUCUGGGGACUGGUGGAUGACCGUAACCUGGGUCAUGGGUCUGGGGACUGGUUGAUGACCGUAACCUGGGUCAUGGGUCUGGGAACUGGUGGAUGACCGUAACCUGGGUCAUGGGUCUGGGGACUGGUGGAUGACCGUAACCUGGGUCAUGGGAAUGGGGACUGUUGGAUGACCGUAACCUGGGUCAUGGGUCUGGGGACUGGUGGAUGACCGUAACCUGGGUCAUGGGUCUGGGAACUGGUGGAUGACCGUAACCUGGGUCAUGGGUCUGGGGACUGGUGGAUGACCGUAACCUGGGUCAUGGGAAUGGGGACUGGUGGAUGACCGUAACCUGGGUCAUGGGUCUGGGUGCUGGUGGAUGACCGUAACCUGGGUCAUGGGUCUGGGGACUGGUUGAUGACCGUAACCUGGGUCAUGGGUCUGGGAACUGGUGGAUGACCGUAACCUGGGUCAUGGGUCUGGGGACUGGUGGAUGACUGUAACCUGGGUCAUGGGUCAUAGGUCUGGGGACUGGUGGAUGACCGUAACAUGGGUCUGGGGACUGGUGGAUGACCGUAACCUGGGUCAUGGGUCUGGGGACUGGUGGAUGACCGUAACCUGGGUCAUGGGUCUGGGGACUGGUGGAUGACCGUAACAUGGGUCAUGGGUCUGGGGACUGGUGGAUGACCGUAACCUGGGUCAUGGGUCUGGGGACUGGUGGAUGACCGUAACCUGGGUCAUGGGUCUGGGGACUGGUGGAUGACCGUAACAUGGGUCAUGGGUCUGGGGACUGGUGGAUGACCGUAACCUGGGUCAUGAAUUUGGGGACUUGUGGAUGACCGUAACCUGGGUCAUGGGUCUGGGGACUGGUGGAUGACCGUAACCUGGGUCAUGGGUCUGGGGACUGGUGGAUGACCGUAACCUGGGUCAUGGGUCUGGGGACUGGUGGAUGACCGUAACCUGGGUCAUGGGUCUGGGGACUGGUGGAUGACCAUAACCUGGGUCAUGGGUCUGGGGACUGGUGGAUGACCGUAACCUGGGUCAUGGGUCUGGGGACUGGUGGAUGACCGUAACCUGGGUCAUGGGUCUGGGGACUGGUGGAUGACCGUAACCUGGGUCAUGGGUCUGGGGACUGGUGGAUGACCGUAACCUGGGUCAUGAGAGAAAUACAUGCAUAGUAGAAACUCCCUUAUGAGGACUGCUUUCUUUGAAUUGCACUUUAAUGGAUAACGCUCAAACUAAAUGUAUAUUUAUAUCUUUUUAUAAAGUCAGCGGGUUGUCUGCUCUUCACGUUUUACCUAUCAAUGUCGUCCGGGUCUGUAGAAUCUGUUGGAAAGAAUCAUGCAUCCAUUAUUCAA